AUGCUCAAUGCCGUGUUCCCGUUUUUCAGGUACGCCCGCGACAACCACCUCGAGAUGCGAUUGCGCCACGUCGUCCUGCAAUACGCCAGGACGUGGAUGGCCGUCGACGUGUACCUGCUUCUCCUCGACCUCGGGUUUUUGCUGCUCGACUUCCACACGGGGGCUCGCGCGUUCCGAAUGGUGCGGCUGUUGCGUCUCUUGCGGCUCUUCCGCAUUCAGAAGUGGCAAGCAUCCAUGAUGACGUGGGUGAGUACCGGCCAAUCGGAGUACGUGGUGUUGAUUUUCCGGAUUUCUAGGCUUUCGGUCCAACUUCUUCUCAUGUGCCACUACAUCGCCUGUGCGUGGUUCGGGGUCGGGGAGCUGAACCUGCACGGCGAGUUUGCGCAUUGGGGAAGAGGUGGAAGUUGGGUGGAAGAAAACGACGUUCUCCCGAAUGGCUUCUUGGACAGCUAUGCCAUGUCCUUGCACUGGAGCAUCACUCAGUUCACCCCCUCCACCAACAACAUCGCCCCGAAGAGCACGAUGGAACGACUGUUUGCGGUCGGUGUCGUUAUGUUGGGCAUGCUGUUCUUCUCCGGGUUCCUCAGCACGCUGACGAGCAUGGUGAACCAGAUGAAGGCCAUCACUUCCGCGCGAGUGCAAGACCGACUGCGGCUUUUAAGGUUUAUCAGGAGCAAACACAUCUCUCACAAGCUCGGCCAGAGGAUGCUGACGUUCUUCGACCUCGACGGCGGCAGACGGGACCGCAUCCUCAUCGAGGGUGACAUCCCGGUGUUGCAGCAGAUGCCAGAGUCCGUCAUUUUUUCUUUGCAUCAGGAGAUGUACCUGUAUCUGGUCCGGGCCAAUCCUGAUCUGGACGCCUUCCUUAAUCUGAAUGUGGGAUGCUUCUGGAACAUCUGCCACGAGGCAAUGUCGGACCACCGGUUCAUGGCGCAGCAGGAACCCAUCGCCCACGGCAGCCCCAAGUGCCCAGGGGUGCCCGGAGCGGCCGGGCGGCUCAGCGGCGCGUCCGCCCUGACCUCCGAGCGCGGGAUCACGCUCGAGUCCAGCGCGGGCUCCCAGCCGAGCAGCAACCCCACGCCGCUGCAGGUGUCCAUCGUGGACACCCAGGCCUGGCUCGCGGAGGCGGCCCUCUGGAUGAAGUGGAGCCACCGGGGCACAUUGGCGUGUCACUGCGUCUGCCGCGGUAGCAAGUGUGUCAAGUUCAUCCCCGAACUGUUCAAAUGA